AAAUGCUAAAUAUCCUUACCCCACUUGCAACUAUACUAGUAGUAGUAUCCCACAUCCAUAUUUUUCUUCUCUUCUCCUCUUCACUUCACUUGUUUUUUGUUUGCAGUCUUCUCUACCUUUGCCUCCCUCCUCUGCCUCACAGCUUCUUUCCCUUGCCUGAACUUCUUAACCUCAAAUGGUGAGGAUUAUUAACCUCAUCAAAUCUCAAUCCAGUUCUUGAAUCAUUCCUCACUUUUGAUUGUUUUUUAUCUGGGCUUUUACUAUUUCUCUGUCAGAUCAAAGCCUUUUCAUUUUCUUAUCACUUGAACAAUUUCUUGUUGCUUCUUUACUUUGUUUACUUUUGCACAUAGGAAAACCCAUCUCGAUUUUGGUUUUCUUUGAUUGGAAUUUUUAUAAAGAUGUGCUGAAAAGAGGUUUUUGGUUGAAGAUGCAAAUGGUGGCUGUUUCCGUUUCUUAUGAGGUCUGCUUCAGUUGGUUCUUCUGCAGAGAUAAUUAAUUUUUGCCCAAGUUUUUUUUUGCUUUCUCUGAAAAAUGGGUAGAGGGAGAGGAAAGGGUAAGAAACAAUUGAGUACUGCUGCUCGUGAAGAUGCCGGAAGUGGUGAGGAGGAGAAAUUACCGGUGAGGAGAAGGGGAAGGCCACAGAAACCACUGAAGGAUGACAUUGAGGAAGAUGAAGAUGUUGAGAAGAUAGAAGAAGAAGAAGAAGACAGUGAAAGUGCAAAGAGCUCUGUUUUAAAUAAAGAUAGCAAGAAUCAACCCACUGUUGAGAAUGGCCGGAAGAGGAAAAGGGCUUCGCAAGUCAAGGAAAACUUAGAUUCUAUCAAAGAGGAAAAUGGUGUGGGAAACAAGACUAACACUAAUGAAGCAGUGAAGUCUGUUGGAUUCAGACAGAACGGCAGCAGAAGAAAGAACAAGCCUCGUCGGGCUGCUGAAGUUGGUGUGGAGUGCAGAUGAAUUUUGUGCUCAUUAUUGGAGAGCACAAAAAUUUGGCUUUCCAUUUUAUUUUGCCAUUUGUCGUAUUUUGUUGUGUUUGAUAGUCUCAACUGAAAAUUUUAUUAUCAAUCAAUAUUCUGUGAUGAUAUCAAGAAGCCUUUGGUUUUACCAAUUACCAGAUCAUCAUGUCAGAUAUGUUGUCUAAUCUUUUCCUUUUGCACUUGAAGUCUGAAGCAAGCUGAAUCCAACGUAGGUGUAAGUUCUUCUGCGAUGGCAUUUUGUUUUGGCAUGGUUUAAGUAGCUUCUUUUGGUUUAGCAUCCCUUGUAUAAUCUUCUUGAAGCCUGCUCAUUGCUUUGCUUGACACGUUUGUGUACAGCAAUGAAGCACGUAUGAAAAAAUUCCAGGUGGUUGGCUAUUAAAAAAAAAAAAAGGAAGAUUAUUGCCAUAGGUUCAGGUGCAAACGACUCUACGAGUGCAGAGAUUCUCCUGCCUGGAGAUAUCAGGUAAAGUACAAGAAGAUCUUUGCUCUUUCUGGCCAAUAUUUCUGUUUCAAAAUUGACUAAACUGCAGAAGAACUUGGGAGAUUUGCCCCAGUGGAGAUUUCAGGUAACAUACAAGUGUUCUUCUUGUUUGUUACUUCAGAUAACUUAAUUGCAAGGCUCACUUUAGCUGUUUGAUUUAGAAACCUUGAGGUUCUUUGGCUUUUUUGAUAUAUGAAUUUUUGACCUUUCAUGAUGUCAGUGACACAGUCUGUACAGUCACCGAUGCUUGCUUGUGAUAUAGGAAAAGAAAUUAUUUUGAAGCUUGGUCUUCCUACAGUGCAAAUUGUUCAAUCAUAUAGUUUGUGCUGGGACAUUUUGCAUGAAAUGAGAUGGUACAAAAUAAAGGCUUGGGGAAAAUGGAUGAAGUUCUAUUUGCAUCUUCUCUCUGGAUUUUUUUGGCUGCAUUGAUGUUUUUGGCUAAUAUUGUACAGGUACUAAGUUCUACACAUGAAACAUUGUGAAAAGAUUGGUUUUCUCUCAUUGAACAAUUUGAAUCUGUUUUCACGUAUGCAGACAUGUCUAGAUAGAUGCACAUGCGUGCGGAACCAUUGUGCCUCGUAUUCUUUUCUUGCUGCAGUUUGUUACAGCAAAUGAAGGAUAUUAAGGUACUUCACUGCUUUGCAAAAGUUUGCAGAUGGAUUUAUUAGUUAUUAGUGGGAUGAUAAUCAGUAUUCUGAUCUAUUGAGGAAUCGUUUCUUGCAUCUGUUUCAACCACAAAUCUGUUGCAUGAGGAAUUGGCAUGCUAGAGUUUCUAUUACAAACCUGCAUAAUUGGUCAAGGUGAAAGGAAGAUUUCGGGAUACAUGGUUCAGUUACUCAGCUAUUGGCAACAAAACUAAGCACAAGCAGACUAAAUUUCUCAUGAAUUGUACUUGUAAUUCUUGUCGAAUGGAGUUGAUUGUCAAGUCCCCAUGGCCAAAUUUCAUUUCA